GCAGCAGCAGCGGGUCCAGCAGCGCCGCUCCAGUGCCGCACUCACUCAGCCCUCUCCGCGCGCUAACUGACGUGUUUUGCGCAUUUCCUGGACCAGCCUUCAGACACACACAGUCGGGAGAAAAAUAGGCAGGUCUGCAGGAAACUGAGUACCGACGGACAAACAAGGAUCCUGGAAGAAUCAAGUGAGUACGAAACCCUUGUAAACACUGGUUCUCCUGUCUGGGGCGAAUCGAAAGACGCUUUUGCGGGGGAUAACUUUCCUCCCAAUGCGCGGAGGAGACACAUCCAGCGCUCCAGCCAGACGAGGGAACAGGCUGCUCACCCUGAGGAGAUCCAGCAUAUAUUUCUGGCAUAUUUUGAGGUGUGGAAUGCUGGUCCUAUCGCUGCUGAUACACUGUAGCUGUCCGUUUUCGCUCCAACUUGCAUUGCUGACUGCCUACAGCGGUGUUUGGACAGCUUCAAGAUCGCAUGCAGGUUGUCCGUAGGUCAUAGCAAUAGAUUCCCUUUCUGCCUGGACCUUCUACACUUUGCAUGCAGAUCCACGAGGACGACGAAGGGCAUUUACUGUUAUUUCCUAAGGAGAAACAAUCCCGAAUACAAACCGGUGGACCGUGACAUAUAGCCUAAACUGGUUGAAUAAUUAACAAGGCGCUGAAGUGGAAUAUUGUUACUAAAGCUCUCAAAAGUGGCCAUGGUGAUUUUUAACGGUCUGCUGAAGAUUAAGAUCUGCGAGGCUUUGGACCUGAAGCCCACAGCCUGGUCUCUGAGACACGCCGUUGGCCCCAAGACGCAAACCUUCCUGCUGGACACUUACAUCGCCCUCAACGUAGAUGAGUUUCGCGUGGGUCAGACCUCGACCAAGCAGAAGACCAACAGUCCCGUCUGGCACGAUGAGUUUGUGGCGGAGGUGCACGACGGCCGGAAGAUCGAGCUGUCGGUGUUUCACGACGCGCCGAUUGGCUACGACGACUUUGUAGCCAACUGCACCAUUCAGUUCGAGGAGUUGCUGCAAAACGGCAGCAAACACUUCGAAGACUGGAUAGACUUGGAGCCAGAGGGAAAGGUUUAUGUCAUUAUCAACUUGUCUGGAUCAUCCAGUGAAGCAGGAAGCUGUGAGAAUGAAGAGCGUGUAUUUCGUGAACGCAUGCGUCCCAGGAAAAGGCAGGGAGCUGUCCGGAGGAGGGUGCAUCAAGUCAACGGACACAAGUUCAUGGCCACCUACCUGAGACAGCCCACCUACUGCUCGCACUGCCGCGACUUCAUCUGGGGUGUAUUAGGAAAGCAAGGGUAUCAGUGCCAAGUGUGCACCUGUGUAGUUCAUAAACGCUGCCAUGAGCUGAUCAUCACGAAAUGUGCAGGUCUGAAGAAACAGGAGGACACCACAGAGGAGGUGGGAUCUCAGCGCUUCAGCGUCAAUAUGCCUCAUAAGUUCAGUAUUCACAACUACAAAGUUCUGACAUUCUGUGACCACUGCGGUUCAUUACUGUGGGGCCUGAUGCGGCAAGGACUCCAGUGCAAAGUUUGUAAGAUGAAUGUGCACAAGCGUUGUGAGAGUAAUGUAGCUCCUAACUGUGGGGUGGACGCCAGGGGCAUCGCUAAGGUGCUGUCUGACCUCGGAGUCACUCCAGAUAAACUCUCCAGCAGCAUCCAGAGGAGAAAAAAGAUCUCUCAGGGUCCAGAUCCGCAGCCCUUACCCAUAUCCCCGCAGUUAGAAGAGGAUCGAUCCAAAUCUGCACCCACAUCACCAUGUGACCAGGAUAUAAAGGACCUGGAGAACUUCAGAAAGGCACUUUCGUUUGACCAUCGCGGUGAGGAGCUGAAGCCAGCCUUGUCCUCCUCUCUGUCCGAGGCCAGAGAGAACGGAGAGGUGAAGACGCUCCAGACCAAAAGGAUGAUGCUGGAAGACUUCUCCUUCAUCAAAGUGCUCGGGAAAGGCAGCUUCGGCAAGGUGUUGCUGGCAGAGUUAAGAGGCACUGAUGAGGUUUAUGCGGUGAAAGUGUUAAAGAAAGACGUGAUCCUGCAGGACGAUGACGUGGACUGCACUAUGACUGAGAAACGCAUUCUAGCGCUGGCCAGAAAACACCCUUACCUGACCCAACUCUACUGCUGCUUUCAGACCAAGGACGAUGACGUGGACUGCACUAUGACUGAGAAACGCAUUCUAGCGCUGGCCAGAAAACACCCUUACCUGACCCAACUCUACUGCUGCUUUCAGACCAAG